AUGUACGUUACUGCUUUCCUGGAACCGGUCAUUGACGAGUCGACUAACACUGCAUUAGACUACGAACUGAAUGAGAAAGGACUCACGAGUCCCUCGGAAGCAACUGCAAGAGAAAUGUUCCUCGAGAAUCUGAAAGAAACCCUGCCUUUGGAGGCCUUAACGAACACGGGAUUAAUAGAUCUCAUAAUGACUGGGGCCAUGUCCGCUUUCAAAAAGACAUUCUCUGCUUUACACGACAGAAAGACAAUACUGCCAUCUGAUGCCACGGGACGAAGAAGAUCCACCAGGACAGCAUCAUCACCUGAGAAUACUGAGCCGUAUCGUGCAGAAGAGAGCCCAUUUCCUCAAGAUGACAAUGAUGCGCGCCUCUCUCAGGCGGGACUUGAUACCAGCCUUUACCCUGUUAUGGCGUCCAAUCAUGCUCCGAGGCACUUCGAUUUUGAAGAAAGUUUUAGCUUCUCUUGGGCAGCAGCAAAUUUAGCCACUACAGACACGACCAAUAUCUCUGAUACUGCCCCCGCCCCAGAGGCUGUUCAUCAAAUAACCAUCCAAGAGCCCCCUGUCGUCCAUAAAUCGGAUCAAGCUCGAUCUAUUUCUAUUGGGGCAAACCAAGCUUCUACAGGAUGCUAUACAGGCAUACCCGGAUGUGCGAGUGGUUCCUCGCGGGCAGCAGACCGAAGUAUCAGUACUAUCGAUCCAUGGAGUGUUCCAUAUUAUCCAAUUAACUACGGUCAAACGUUUCCAGAUCUCACAGUUAAUGAUUUCGAGGGUAAAUGGCCUUAUGAAGAGUAG